CAAAUCGUGCGGCUGAAGGGGUAAAUUAGAGAAUUCACAAAAGCAUCCCCCAGUCUGCGAGCUAGUAGUAGCUUAGCGAUCGAGAAAAAAAUAUAAAAAAAGUUGCUGGAGGUUGAAGAAGAUGACUGAUCCAAAGAAGGGGCGUGUACAAUGGGACGAAGCUAAUAUAGUGGAGAUUGAAUCUAACAAACCUGUUAGGCAGAAGAUCACUGAACCUAAGACUCCCUACCACCCCAUGAUUCAUGAUGAUGAUGAUGAUGUUGAUGAUGGUACUUUGUCUCCAAGAGGAGGAAGAUCGUUCAACGAAUGCGUUGAUGAUAUGCAACGUGCGGAAGAACUGAAGAACGCUCUGAAUGGCGAAUCAGCUUCUUCCAGUAGAAAUGAUAGCCAGGGCUCUGGUUCUGGUGGUGGUUGGAGCUCGGCUGAGGAUGAUGAAGCAGAUCCAAUGGAUCAAGAUGGUGAAGGUUUGGAAGGUGAGAAAAACGAGAGGUUCAGUGAACACAGAAGAGUGCAUUACAAUGAGUUCCACAAGGUGAAGGAACUUAGGUCCUUGGGGUCCUUCUAUGAUGAUGAAGAAGAAGAGGACGAGGAUGAUGAUGGCUCGAAAGGAAGUGAAGCAGAGACAACAACCUCACCACACAGUAAAGGCGUUAACAAAGAGGUAGACGCAGCUGGAAAGUCAUCUUCAUCCUCCAAUUGAUGAUAUGAUAUGAUAUGAUACCACUGUGUUCAAUCAAAAUGUGUACUCUUGUCCAGGUCUUAUAGAUCUCUCUCUCUAUCUUUAAACUUUUUUGAAAGGAAGAGGAAACUAUGUUAUGUUGUUACAGCAUUUUAAUGCAAUUGCUUACAAUCA